CCUGAAUGGAAGCAAGGAGCCAUGUUUGUUUAUGUUCUUCCCUUGGAGAUCCCUCGGCGCUCCUCGUCUCCCUCGUGUGUAGAACAGUGUGUGUGUGUUGUGUGGAACUCUCGACACAGAGGAUGGUCCGUUCCAUCCAGUAACAGUGGAGGUCAGAAGGAUGAGUCUUGCAUCCCGUCCUGCGCUAACUGAAUCACCACUCACCGCUGCAGUCAGCAUGUCACCACAAUGUUGGCAGACUGGGUAUGGACGUAGUUUAAUAAUGAGAAAGAAGAAGAAAUUUGAGUGGUGCUGUUCACGAGCUGGUUGUACCUUCACCCUCGUCAACCUGUCUUCAGCUGCUUUACCUUGGUCGAGCUACUUAGACUGCACUGUAAAGCCUCUGUGUUCUCCACAUAACUCAUUCACACUUUAAAACUUUGCAUUGAGGAGAUAUUAACUAUUUUCAGAAUUAGUUCUGCAUUGGGAGUGGAUCUGCCUCUUUUAUCAUUGUUCAGAAGUACCGUAGUUAGUUACCAAUUCCAUUAACAGUGCGCAUGCAUGUGUGUAUAUAUAUAUUUAUAUAUAUGUAUAUGUACAUAUGUAUAUAUAUGUGGAUAUAUAUAAGGUGUUUGGAGUGUUCUCAGUGUAAUUUCUUGAGUGACAAACUGAUAAUUAGUGGAAAAUGGAAAAAGGCAGAAAAGGAAAUUCAGAAACAAGCGAAAACACAGGAAGUUCAUCCUCACUUGGCAAGCACAAGUGGAAAAAGAAGAGGAACCAAGAGAUGCAGGGGGCACGUCCAAAGUCAAAAAGCCCGCAAGGGGGUAUGCAUCCAGAUGUGAUGGAUGAUGCAUCAGCUCUAGAUCCAGUGUCUAAGGGUGAAGAAUUGGCAGUGGCAUUGAGGAGUGGAGUGAGAAGAGAGAAGUCCUUUGAGAAGGAAAGGUCACCUACUGGACGGCUCCAUUGCUCCUACUGCAAUGUGUACUUCAGUGGAAAGUUGGAACUCCAGACCCAUUGUCGUGGGCAGGACCACCAAACGACCAUCAUGUCUGAUGAAGGUCGGGACUGGAAGCAUCGUCCCCCACCACGUGGCCUUGGAGCAGAUGAGUAUGCCCUCUGUUCCACUUACAAGGACACACACAACUGCAGGUUGGGAGACCAGUGUGUGGGGGCCCAUAGUGAUGCAGAACUACUGGAGUGGCAGGAGCGGUUUGAAUACCGUGCCAUGAAAUUGGAACGAGCGAGAGAGAAGCAGCUGCAUGGAGCAACCUAUGCAGACCAGCUCCUGGAGCGGCUGUCACAAGCCCAGCAUCAAGAUGCCCUUAUCUCAGAGAAGAUUGAUGCUGUUGUUGUCAACAUGAGUAUGGAGCCCAACCUCAGAGUUUCUCAAAAACCAAGUCAGCAUGAAUGGACCAUUAACCUACGACCAAACACCCCUCUCAGGGUGGUUUCGCUUGUUCAUGAUGCCCAUAGGACUCACUUUGCCAUCUCAGAAGUUACACAGAUUGACAACCACCGACAUAUUCAUAAGUCUUAUGAGCCAGAGAAUAAUCAGGAGUGGAUAAACCCUGACAUAGAGGCAGUGCUUCCACCAGACAUGCCUGUGCAGGAGUACAAAGUCACCAUCAUCUUCAAAACAGCCAUAUAUGGAACAUUCAGGCAGGCCGUUAUCUUCGACUUUGGCACAGAGCCAGUCUUAAUGCAACGGUUGUGUGUGGAUGUGAUCCCAGUAGAAGACCUAAGUGCUCUGGAGGAGACUAAGAGAACAAUCUUGACUAGGAGUGAAAGAUGGUGUGAAGAAAAUGUGGAUAUUGUCUAUUUUGAGCCUAAACCUCAUGAGUUGAGUGAUCAUGACAAAAGCAUAUUGGCAAUGUAUCCCCCACCAACCAAUGAGAAUUUUGUGUUCACACAGUCCUCCAUGCAGAAGGUACCCUCAAGGAACAACUACUGCAGUCGCCUCCAUGACCUCCUUCACAUUGAGGAGUUAGCCCAGUUUGAUCUGAUGGCAAGGUUCAACAUCAAGACAACCCUACAGAUUGUAAACACAUACAUGCUGUUACCUUCAACAGCAUCCACAGCCAAGUACUCAAGGCCAGGUGAACUUUUUGCCAAGCUAGAACUCUCUUCAGAGAUAUCAGAAGACUCCCAUCAUGGAAGGCUUGUAUUAUCCAACUGCAACACCAUCCUUGUGGCUCCUAUUACCGAGGAUUCAGAGGUCAAGGAAGCUUCUAAACAGGAAUCAUCAGCCUCUGUCUCACCUACUGCUGGAAGGAAAGAGGGUGAGAGUGAGGAAAAGGAAAUAUUAAAGUCUAAGAGAAAAAUCUUUGAGGUUUUGAUUGAGGACAAGACCAAGAAGGAGAUUUAUCUUAGGUUCCCAGAGGCUGCUGUCUCUGAAUUACAUCUUGCACAUGAUGAGGAAGUCACAGUGGAAGUGCAGUUUCAGCUGAAUCGACUGCCACUCUGCGAGAUGCAUUCUGCUCUGGACCGCUUGCCAUCCCUAGAUAUCGUGUUCCCAGACAUAACCUUGGAGCCCACCAUCCCAUGGAGCCCCAUAAAACAAUGGGGAGAAGGUCUGGACAUGAGAUUGAACCCCAAGCAGAAGGAGGCUCUAGUUGCCAUCACAGCCCCUCAUGGUCUUAUUCUGCCACCUAUUCUCAUAAUUGGCCCAUAUGGUACAGGGAAAACUUAUACUCUAGCUCAGGGUAUCAAGCAGAUUCUGCAGCAGCCUGACACAAGAAUUCUCAUUUGCACACACUCCAACAGUGCUGCAGACCUGUACAUCAAGGAUUAUCUGCAUCCAUAUGUACAAUCAGGACAUGAGGAAGCAAAGCCACUCCGCAUAUACUACCGAAAUCGUUGGGUUACAACUGUACACUCCAGUGUGCAAAAGAUGUGUAGAGCAUCAAUAGAGGGCCAAGUGGCAUGUGCAUAUGUGCCAUGGUGCGCUGGUCCCAUUUUCCAGCUGCAUGUACAGUCAUAUUAUGCACACUAUGGUGUUGACACAAUCCCCUGGCAGCUGGGCCCAAGCCACAUGAAUACAGCCCGGGAGAGAGGGCUUUCGCGUCGGGAAACCACCCGACAGCAUUGGUACACAUCCGACCUGUUUUAUGAGGGCCGUCUGGUAGCCAGCGGUAAACAGACAGCACAUCCCAAAUUCCAUCCAUUGACGUUCUUCACAGCACGGGGCGAGGAUUUCCAGGAUCCAAAUUCCACUGCUUUUUACAACAACUCUGAGGUAUAUGAAGUAUGUGAGCAAGUUGGAGAGAUCAUCAGCCAUUGGCCAAAAAAGGAGUGGGGUCCACUAGGUGAAAAUUCCAUCGGUGUUGUCACCCCAUAUGCUGACCAAAUGGUGCGCAUUAGGGCUGAGCUGAGGAAGCGAAAACUAUACAAGAUUAAUGUAGAGAGAGUCCUCAAUGUACAAGGCAAGCAGUUCAGAGUUAUCGUGCUAUCCACUGUGAGGACACGCCACACGUGCAAACAAGGAGCGGAGGGCUUGGACUUUGGCUUCCUCUCCAAUGCAAAGCUCCUCACCACAGCCAUAACAAGAGCGCAGAGUCUGGUUGCUGUUGUUGGAGAUCCUGUCUCUCUCUGCUCCGUGGGGAAGUGCAGGAAACUUUGGGAGAAGUUUUUGCAGCUGUGUUCUGAGGCUGGGUCUCUGUAUGGAAUAUCAUGGUCAACACUUCGCUCACAGCUUGAUGGGGUAGAACUCAAGAAAACUUAUGUUCUGAACCCAUUAGCACCAGAAUUUGUCCCCCGCUGUAUAUAUUACUCUAUCCCACCAGUUCCAAUGGUACAUACUAUGCCUCCUUAUGUAAACAUGUAUUCCCCUUACAACUCUUAUAUACCAACCUAUCACAUGCGCCCCAUGCUUGGGCCUCAAGCCCUACCCUAUCUCCCACAGCCUGGCAUGCCAUCCCAAUGGUCUCCUGUACAUUAUGGUGCUGGUGCAAAGACCCCAUUGGUGAGGCCAGCAGCAGCUAGGCUUGGGCAGCCUCUUAUUGCAUCCCAUCCUUUACGAUCAGCUGUUGUCACUGCAUCUCAUCCCCAUUACGUGGAUCCCCAUGGAUAUGACUAUCAGUUACACAAUAACAUGAUUUCCAUGUACCCUUAUCAGACAGGAUCCUUUCCCCCACGGUUACCUGCCAUACGGCACCCAGCAGAACUAGACCCCUUUACUUGUGGGGCCUUCCUACCACCCCCUUACCAGCACAUAAGGCCUGUGCCACAACGCGUGGUCCCUCCAAUUGGAUUCCGUGGCCCUUCCUUUGGACGAGCCAUGUCCCUUCCCCCACACCAGCUGGGCAGACUAACCCCACAUUCAGAAGGAGAGAAGUCCUACCAGUUUCUCAAUAAUGUACACUUCCCCGAGCGGCAACUCUCCAAUCCUCCCUCUGUCAUUGCCAGGCCAGUACGUUCACGAGCUGACACCGAGUCACCUAUGUCAUCACAUUCCAGAGAGAGCUCACAUUCAAGUGCAAAUGAUAGUCGCCAUUCUUCACAGUCCCAGCCCCAACAACACUCACAGCCACAUGUUCAUCCACAAGUUGAGGCACAAAAGAUACCGUUAUUAGGAGCUCAUAUACAAUACCAAUCAAAACCUCAGGCUCCUCCUAAUAUCCACAUUGAUCAACAAGGUCCUCCCAUGCAGCAGUUGAGACAACAAACCAGCCAUCAUCAGAUGAUCCCUCAGCCACAUCCUUAUUCCAAUGGAAGUGUCCCUAUUGAAGAUGCGGCCUUGCCCACUCCAGAUGUUGUGCGCAGUAUUAAUGAACUCAUUAAUGACCAUUCACCAACCAAGACUGCAAGCCUCUGGGGUUCAGUUGAUGUGGAAUCCAAUAACAAGUUGGACCUUAUACAAAGUAGGUGUCGUUCACCAACAGGAGAAACAUGGUUAGGGGGAAAUAGUUCUAACAGUAUCAAAGCUGCAAAUCUGAACAUGGCUCACCCUAAUCCAAAUCCUUGGUCAGGAACUCCUACCAGUGUUGGAAAGAUUGUGACUGUUCAGGAACUUGAGGCCUCCCUGCAUAUGAGGAAAUAUCCCAGUGGAAACCUGCCAAGUUCAGGCCUUAAUAAAGCUCCAGGGCCACUUCCCUUCAGCCCAAGGGAGCUUGAGAAAAAUGUUCAUAUUCGAGAGAAUGAGGAAGUAGGAGGUGGCUUUGGGAAAGGGGAUGUUCCACCACCCCCAGGCUUUAGUAGUUUGAAUAGGAUGGUUGAUCCCUUAGUACGGCUGGAUCUCAAUGAGGGAGAGCCAGUGAGCUACCGUACCCCAAGUUUACCUCUGUACUUGAGAAGAGGGAGUCGUGAAUCAUCAUCCUGUUCUCCUGGUGGUACACGGAAUGCCCACCAGGGCCAAGUUGUGGGGAAUAUGCAUAGCAACAACCACAGCAGUUCUCUAUCAUCACUCUGGAACAUAGGGAGAGAAGAGAUGAAUCCUGUGUCCUCCCAAGGUGAAUUAGGCCUUCAGAACCUUUCAUUAUCUCUUGGCAUUUCACCCAUCGGGGCACUAAAUCCUUUUCAAAACAACCAAGACAGCAAAACAUAUGCAGGAGUCGUCAGGUCGUCUCUUCAAUCUUCAGAUUCUGAGAAAGGUGAGGAGUGCGAGUAUGCACUCAAAGAUCUGGGUGAUAAGAGGCUGUAUACAUCAAAUAAUCAUCUAUAUCAGCAUUUCCAGUAAUAUUUUAAUUUUCUUAAAUAAUAGCGAACCUCACCAGUUCAAAUCCAUAUUGAAAUGCAUUGCGUUUACAUCCAAAUCAUAAGAGAGUUAGCAAGUGUUAGCAAGAGUUUGCAUUGAAAAUACAUACUAGGCAAGAACUCAGGAUGUGUAAAAUCAUUCAUAUAAGUUGGAUAAGGGCUUCAGGCAUUCAGGAUGGUUAUAUGAAACAUUUUUGAAUGUAGAUGCACAUAUAAUUGAUGGUAUGAUAUGACCUAUUAUAUUUUGCCUGGUAUGGUUAAAUUGAAUUGGUGAGAUUCCACUUUUUCAUAUCUAAUUUACACUGGUAAAUUUUAUGCAGUGAUUGCCGUCAGUAUUUUUGGUUCUUUUAUUUCCCUGUAGUAAUAGAAUUUUGUGUGAGUACAUCUGCGUGUGUAUGUGUCUUUGUACCUGUGUCUGUACACGUGUCUGUGUUUGUGCAUUUUUGCAAGCAUAUGGACACAUGUAUGUGGAUAUGGUAUGCUUUUGCAUUUGUAUGUAUGCAUUUGUGGAGCUUUAGAUGUAUACAUGUAUGUAAUAAUUAUACAUAUAUACAGGCAGACAAAAAAAUAGAUCAUGUAUUUAUACAUACAUAUAUACAAAUGUGUAGAUAGAUAUGUAUGCGUUUCCUUUUAUUAUUUAAUUCCACUGUUGAGUAUUAUGAUUUGACUAUGUACUAUGUUAAACAGCAUCCUUCAUAAACAAAUUUGCAUAAAAAAAAUCAAAACAAAAAAAGAACAAAAAAAAAUUUUUAGAUAGUAGAUAUUGACAUUUGUAUAUUUUUUCCUUUUGUGUAUAUAUAGCUUCUUUCACUCCCAUGGCAUUACAGAGCAAAAGUAGUUUAUCUUGUCUUUAUUCAACUAAGUGCAAUGUUGAAAGGCCUAUUUGUAUUCAUUGAUUGUAGGUAUUAGUACAAGUAGUAGUUAUUAGCUCUAAGUUGUGCUGUGCAAGACCACUGAAGACAUGAAUAAUUGCAACGGACCAGUAGGUCUGUCUUUGUACCUGGGUUUUUGUACUGCCAUUCACUGCCCACCCCAUCCCACCCCACCUGGAAAUGGAGUGAAAUAGCAAGAAAGAGG